CCGCGGACGGCCGCACCGCAGUGUCAGCAGCAACCCGCCAUGCCUGGCCCGCGUCUCUCCCGCGCCGCCUGACAGCAUGGCCCAUCCAACCGCCACCACCACACGCAGCCACGCUCUGACCACGGUUGGCGGCAGCGCAGGAGGCGGCGGGCGCGCAGGCUCGCGCGGCGUCAGCUGAUACGAUGGGCGGCGCCCACCAGCCCGCUACGCCAGGGCCCAGUUCGCUCUUUAUAUUCUCCGACGAAAACCCAAUACGGAGGUAUACAAAGUUUAUUAUCGAGUGGCCGCCCUUUGAGUACGCGGUACUCCUCACCAUCAUUGCGAACUGUGUGGUGCUGGCGCUUGAGGAGCAUCUGCCGAACGGCGAUAAAACCAUCUUAGCACAGAACCUGGAAAGCACCGAGCAAUACUUCUUAGGAAUAUUUUGUGUAGAAGCCUCGUUAAAAAUUUUAGCCUUAGGUUUUGUUUUACACAGGGGAUCGUAUCUGAGAAAUAUUUGGAACAUCAUGGAUUUUUUCGUUGUAGUAACAGGUAUCGUCACGCAGAUGCCGGACAUCGCGCCCGAGGUCGACUUCCGGACCUUGCGUGCCAUUAGGGUGCUGAGGCCCCUUAAAUUAGUGUCGGGCGUUCCUAGUCUGCAAGUUGUCUUGAAGUCUAUAAUCAAGGCAAUGGCUCCGUUGUUACAAAUAGGUCUAUUGGUGCUUUUUGCAAUAGUAAUAUUUGCCAUCAUAGGACUCGAAUUCUAUUCAGGAGCUCUACACAAGACUUGUUAUAGCUUAGAAGAUAUAAAUGAAAUAGUAAAUGAUGGAGAUGCACCAACGCCAUGUAACGCGGACAAUGAAACGCUGGCGCCUUAUGGUGCGAAUGUGUGCGCAUAUGACAAGAGCACGUGCUUAGAGAAGUGGGAGGGGCCAAAUAGAGGAAUAACGUCGUUUGAUAACAUCGGUUUCGCUAUGCUCACAGUGUUCCAAUGUAUCACUAUGGAGGGCUGGACUGCCAUCCUUUAUUGGACAAAUGACGCCUUAGGUAGUACAUUCAACUGGAUUUACUUUGUGCCUCUCAUAGUACUGGGUUCAUUCUUUAUGCUCAACCUAGUUCUCGGUGUACUUAGCGGAGAGUUCUCUAAUGAAAGAGCUAGAGUCGAGCGUCGCGCUCAGUACCAAAAGGAAAGAGCGAGGCAAAUGUUCAAUCAAGACUUCACUGGGUACAUUAACUGGAUAACAGAAGCAGUGAAUUUGCUAAAGAGCGAGAAAAAGUAGAAAAUAGACAAGAAUAUCUUAAAAUAAGAAGACAGCAGAAGCUAGAAAGAGAACUCAAUGGCUAUGUUGAGUGGAUAUGUAAAGCUGAGGAAGUAAUAUUGGCUGAAGAGCGAACAACUGAGGAGGAAAGAAUGCACAUAAUAGAAG